AUGAUAAGCACAUUUGUGAAGCUGAAUGAGUAUACAAUCCUUUUUGGCACAGCUGAUGGGGUUAUAAAGGUUGCUCAUAUUUUACCCAACAAAAUGGGGGAUGUCAUUGCCAGGUUGGAAGGUGGUGACAGCGUUGAAAAGUUAGCAACUAACAAAAAAAAACUCAUUGCCAGCAUAUCGCAUAAUUCUUCCAUUCAUUUUUAUCCAAUUCAUAUGGAUAGUUCGCAUAUAUCGGGCAAAAUCAAAAAAAAAAAAAGUCCUUCUUCCGCGAUUUCAAGCGUUAAAAUGGAUGGCCAAAUAAUAAAGAAAAAAAGUAAAAUGCUGAUCGACGGAUAG